UUACAGUAACUAAACUGUUGUUCACUUCUUCUUCCAUUUCCUCACGUUCCCCUCUCUCUCUCUAAAAUCUCACUCUCUCUCUCUAAAAUCUCAGAAGAAGAUUUCAAUGGCGAACGAAAAAGCAGUGGUGAAGAUGGAGUGGUUAACUUCCAUAGACACAACCACUCUCUCCCACUCUGAACUUCACGCCCUUUCUCUCUCCUCUCUCCCAACCUUCGAUCCCACCCUCACCCCCAUAAUCGACCCUACCUACUUCAACGAAAGCUCCGGCACUCACCGUCAGUCCUACGCCACACCUCGCCAGCGCCGCCGAUGCCGUGUCUCCGCCCUCCUCCCCUCUCCCACCCCUUCCGACCACCCCCGCAUCAUCGUCGACUAUCUCAAGCACCUCAUCAGAGAAGACCCCAAGUUCGACCAGGUGGAGCUCCUGCAACCACCGCAACAACGCCUCAUCGUUCCCGAACCUCCAAUCGGUGAGGUGAAGAGGAAGCGAGGGAGGAAGCCCAAGGUCAGAGUGCAUCUGGAAGAGUGUUACAGAGGAAUGGAGAGGGUGAACAAGAACGGCGUUCCGGUUGAAUUCUCCGCGCUGGCCAGCGCGGAGAAUCCGUUCGCGGAGGAGCUGGCUAGGCGGACGGAGGGGCUGCAGGGGGAAGAGCAGCUGUUAGGGUUUUUGAGGGAUUUGGUGGGGCAGUGGGGAAGCAGGAGGAAGAAGAGGAGGAUUGUUGAUGCUGCUGAUUUCGGUGAUGCCUUGCCUGUUGGUUGGAAGCUUCUGCUCGGUUUGAAGAGAAAGGAUGGUCGUGCUUGGAUCUAUUGCCGCAGAUACAUCAGCCCUAGUGGACAGCAGUUUGUGUCUUGCAAGGAGGUUUCGGCGUAUUUGCAGUCCCUUUUCGGUCAGGCUGAACCACAAUUAAAAAUCAGUUGUAGGAAUGAAAAUAUUCUGCAGGAGCAGAGAGUGACUACGGAGAACUCUGCAGGUGUUACUGGUGAGGAUCAAGAUCAGAGGCAGAUUGCAGCGACUAACUCGGAUGUGCCUGGUUUAUCUGUUUCUAAUGAACGAGUGAAGGAAGUUUCCUUGUUAGGGAUUGAGAAUCUUGCAGAUGUGCAAAUACAUGACCUGUUUGAAUGUCACAAAUGCAGCAUGACCUUUGGUGAGAAAGAUUCAUACUUGCAGCAUCUGUUGUCCGUUCACCAGAGGACGACCAGGCGGUACCGACUUGGUUCUACUGUUGGAGAUGGAGUUAUAAUUAAAGAUGGAAAGUUUGAGUGCCAAUUCUGCCAUAAGGUGUUUCUAGAAAGGCGUCGCUACAAUGGUCAUGUCGGGAUCCAUGUUAGGAAUUAUGUGAGGAGAGUUGAAGAUUCACCAGGUCAGACAAAUGUCCAAAGAGCAGACAAAUCUCCGGUCCUGGAGGAGGUGCCUUCAAGGAUCUCUAAGAUGGAUGCGCUCAUUGAAAUUGCUCAAAACUCUAUUAUGGAGGAUUCUGUCAUGGAACCCCAUAAUUCAGCUAAAAUGAAUGUGAUACCCGAUUCUGAAAUUGCUGUUGGUGACUUUGACCAAGACAUGGACUUUGAAUAUCCUACCGAUGUGGUGGAUGAUUUAAAUCUGCAAUGUAGCACGCAUUUACUCAUGAAUGGAAAAGGAGAUGAAAUUGAUGAUUAUAACCAAGUUAUUGAUGCAGAGGGGGUUACUCUUCUAGAUAGCAUGGAUUUGUCAUAUGUAAACGAGCAAAAUGUCCAUGUAUCUGGUACUUCAAAGGGAAAAGAAGAUGUUGCGUUGACAGCUGCGGGGUUUGGCCAGUCUGGGAUUGAUUUGGAAGUGGUUUCUCAAAGCCCUUUAUUUCCUUUAUCUGGUUGCACUAACAGUAAAGGGCAAUUCAAACUUGAUGAAGACAAUAGCAAGAACAGUGAGUUGAAAUUUAGUUUAGAUGGCUGCAAGGAUGUACCUGUUAGGGCUGAUUUUCAAGAGAUAGUCAUGUCAGUUUCUGAAGAAGUUGUGGUCCAUUCUAGCAUUUCUAACCGCUCUAUAUCCACAGAACAACCUCUGGAUUGUUUUCCAGCCUUCAGCUCUGAUAAGAUAUAAGGCAUAACCUAUGGCGCCUUUAAUGUUAGGGUUUCAUGUAUGUUGAAAAACUGAGGGAAUAUUCCUACACCUAUCAUAUCAAGGUCCUCUCAGAAAGUGAUUGAUUUGAGGCUAGCAUGUAUUCUGGUUUUAUGUUGUAUUGAACCAUUGCUGUAAUAUUACAAAGCCCUUGGUGCACUUUUCUUGGAUUUUCAACA